AUGGAUCUCCUUCUUCUCGAAAAGACCCUUUUAGCCCUCUUCCUCGCUGCCAUAACCGCCAUCACAAUCUCAAAACUCCGCGGAAAACGCUUCAAACUCCCUCCCGGCCCCUUCCCCGUCCCCAUCUUCGGCAACUGGCUUCAAGUCGGCGAUGAUCUCAACCACCGCAACCUCACCGACUUAGCCAAACGCUUCGGUGAAAUCCUCCUCCUCCGCAUGGGACAACGAAACCUCGUCGUCAUCUCCUCCCCCGAACUCGCCAAAGAAGUCCUCCACACCCAAGGAGUCGAAUUCGGCUCCCGAACACGGAACGUCGUCUUCGACAUCUUCACCGGAAAAGGCCAGGACAUGGUUUUCACCGUCUACGGCGAACACUGGCGCAAAAUGCGUAGAAUCAUGACCGUCCCGUUCUUCACAAACAAGGUUGUGCAACAGUACCGAUUCGGUUGGGAAUCGGAAGCCGCGAGUGUUGUGGAUGAUGUGAAGAAAAACCCUGAAGCUAGUGUUAAUGGAGUUGUGCUUCGGAGAAGAUUGCAAUUGAUGAUGUAUAAUAUCAUGUAUAGGAUAAUGUUUGAUAGGAGAUUUGAGAGUGAAGAAGAUCCUUUGUUUGUGAAGUUGAAAGCUUUGAACGGUGAAAGGAGUCGAUUGGCGCAAAGCUUUGAGUAUAACUAUGGCGAUUUUAUUCCAAUUUUGAGACCUUUUUUGAAGGGCUAUUUGAAGGUUUGUAAAGAGGUUAAAGACAGAAGGUUGCAGCUUUUCAAAGACUAUUUUGUUGAUGAAAGAAAGAAACUUGGAAGUACUAAGAGCACAGAUAAUGAAGGAAUUAAAUGUGCUAUUGAUCAUAUUUUGGAUGCUCAAAAGAAGGGAGAGAUCAAUGAUGACAAUGUUCUAUACAUUGUUGAGAACAUCAAUGUUGCUGCAAUUGAAACAACAUUAUGGUCAAUUGAAUGGGGAAUUGCUGAGCUAGUGAACCACCAAGAGAUUCAAAACAAGUUAAGGGAAGAGAUGGACAAAGUUCUUGGACCAGGACACCAAGUAACCGAACCAGAUCUCGAGAAGCUGCCUUACCUACAAGCCGUGAUCAAGGAAACGCUCCGUCUUCGAAUGGCGAUUCCACUUCUCGUCCCACACAUGAACCUUCAUGAUGCGAAGCUCGGUGGUUUUGACAUCCCGGCUGAAAGCAAGAUACUGGUUAAUGCAUGGUGGCUUGCAAACAACCCGGCUCUAUGGAAAAAGCCGGAGGAGUUUAGGCCUGAGAGGUUCUUGGAGGAAGAGGCUCAUGUUGAGGCGAACGGGAAUGACUUUAGGUACCUUCCGUUCGGUGUUGGUAGACGGAGUUGCCCUGGAAUUAUUCUCGCUUUACCUAUCCUUGGUAUUACUAUCGGUCGUCUGGUUCAGAAUUUCGAGCUUUUGCCUCCACCGGGACAAUCUAAGAUCGACACUUCUGAGAAAGGAGGACAGUUUAGUCUGCACAUACUCAAACAUUCCACCAUUGUUGCUAAGCCAAGACUAUUUUAA